AACAUGACAUUUGUUCAGAACUGGCUGUGUGCCUGCAGCUCGCCCUCGACCAUGAGGGCUCUUCCGUUUUUGGUGCUGCUGUGCGCAGCAGUCGUCGGCGCGCAAGAAAAUCAUAAGGAAUGCCGAGAAUUCGGCGAUAUUUGCGGAAAGUACAAGAACUGCGUCCCAGACCACAGGGGCUAUCUGCAGUGUCGUGACCGCCAUCAGCUCGACGGCGCAGCCCAUUUGUGCCGCUUUGGUGGUGACUGGUGUCCCGAUGGAAAACUCUGCAAGAAAACAUCACACGGUCGACGCUGCGUCUGGGAUCACAAAAACGAACAUGAAAUAAAGAAAUGUUCCAAAAGCCGGGUCACCAAGCACUGCGCCCACGGCCGUAAAUGUAUGCACUGCUACCUGCGUAAAGGGCUCUGUUGUCGACGUGCGGCCAUCAUAGACCACAAGAACUACUGCGGCAUUAAAUACAAGAGCCACGACCAUACGACAUGCGGACAUCAUCAUGAUAGAAAAUCCUCUUGUUACCUUGUCGGGAAGUUCUGCCCCGAUGGCAAACACUGCAAGAAAAUCGGCCAUGGCAAAUAUACCUGCGAGUCCAAAAAGAAACUUCCCAAGUGUCACGAGUUUGGUCAGCUCUGCGGUAAAUAUCACAAGCGCAACUGUGUGCCGUGCUUCAGCAGAAAAGGCCUCUGCUGUCGACGACGAUCGAAACUGGGUCCAGCAGCCAAACAUUGCCGUUAUGGCGGCAAAUGGUGUCCAAAGAACAAAACGUGCAAACAAAAAUCCAGGAACGGAAUCGUCCUUCGCCGCUGUAUUUACAUCCCCAGGUGUAAGCAUUACGGCGAUACAUGCGGUUAUAAGAAGAACAAGGUCUGCCUGAGGUGUGGCCACAAGCUCUGCUGUAAGAAAGGAGUCACCAAGGACAAAUGUAAGAAACAUUGCAAUGUAUUCUGGAAAAAGUGUACAUUGAAUAAGUGCGGCCACAACUCCAAGGGAUGGUGCUGCAAGCCAUGGAAAAUCACAAGAGACGAAUGUGACCGACACUGCAUCGGACGCUGGAAGUACUGCACCGAUAAGGGCUGCAGCAAAGACUACAUUGGCUACUGCUGCAAGUCCCAGCCAUACAUCACAAAAAAGCUAUGCCAGCAGAUAUGCUACGGCCCUGACAAGUACUGCACUAAUAAAUUCUGUCCCCGGGACAUCCGAGGCCACUGCUGCAAGACCCGACGGCCGAGGCCGAGACCUCAGAGGCCAACAGCUCCGCACGUUCAGUACUGCAAGCACGCGGGUGAUUCGUGUGGGUACAAGGGAGGCAAAGUCUGCCAGCGGUGUUCCAAGGCGAAACUGUGCUGCCGACCUGGCGUGACAAUGGAAAAAUGCAAGAGGACUUGCACCGGCAAAGGGCAAUAUUGCUCUUUCACUGAAUGCCCCAAGGCUUUCAAAGGAUGGUGCUGUACUUAUUGUAAAAGGAUCAACUGUAAAUUGUUGUAACUCUUUGUCCUUUCAUGAGUUAAAGAAACAACGAUAAAAAACAGCUAUACAUCUGACGAUUUUUGAUGAUAUGGCAAGCUUAACCAGGCGAUUUUUUUCUGGACUUCUAGCAUCUAGGACCACGAAAUUAAACUAACUAACAAACCGAAGUAAGCUUAUUCUUCUACGCUUACUUGUAAAUUCUACAUUCAUUUUCGUGCCUGUUCUAUAUUCUAAUAUCUACAUCCAUAGCGUUAUAUGACUAUCAACACGCACAUUUUGCGCUAUUUUGCUUUAUGUUAGAAUGAUGCCAUAUACAGACGGAAAUAAAUAACGGUGUAUUA